CGCGCGUGGAGAAGCGGGAUUUGAAUCCGGGGUGCUCGCGGGGACUUGCGUGUACACACACGGGUACAGACACGUGUACACAGGUACUCCUUUAAGGCUGAAUCGACCUCGGGAUAUCCGCCACUGUUGGUGGAGUCUGGGAACGGGAAUUGAGCUCGGGUUGAUAGCGCAGUGCGCUAACGACCGCGCCACCGCUCCCCACGUGUACCCACGAAUCCUCCCCCCAGGUCUCCUAAUCCUCAUCCCAAGACCGCGCGCAAAUGGCCUCGCGUCUCCCCCUCCUCUCCAUUUCCCUCCACCACUUCGUCAUCCGGCUCCUCGUCCUCCUCCUCCUCGCAUCUCUCUCACAAUGCGAACGCCACGGUUCCUCGACACCGCCCAGGGAUCCUCCUACCAGCGGUGACCCAUUCAGGGACCCUCAGAGCGAGGUCCCAUCCAGGGAUCCUCCUCCUAGCGGGGUCCCAUCCUCCGAACGGGGGCCUCCGGUCGGAGGAGGGGACCCCCCUCCCAGCGCGGAGCGGAGUGGAGAAGGAAGCGGAGGCGGCCACGGGGCGAUGGCGAGGGUGGCGAUGAUGAUGGAGAUGCAGGCGGAGUCGAAGCCGCGGCUGGGCCUCUGCUGGAGCCGGGCCCUGGCCGAACUGCGCGCGGGCUGCGAGCGGCUGGGCGAGGAGGCCCAGCGGCGCGUGGCCCUCGCGUUCACGCGGUGCCACCUGAGGGCGGCCGGCAGGGCGCUGCCCUCGUGCCCGCAGAGGCCGCGGGACCCCCGCACCUGCACGCGGAGCAUGGAUCCCGUGGCGUUCAGCGCAUACACGGAGUUCUACACGCACGCCCACAGCGUGUGCCACCACCUGCGCGCACAGGCGUGGCGCGACGACGCGGAGUCGCUGCUCUCCGUGCUCGCUCGCGGCUCCUCGCGCUUCUCCCGGCAACUGCGGCGCAGCGCGGAGCUCGGGGAGAGCAUCCUCACCUCGCAGGGAGAGUUCGUGAGGGCGCAGCACAGAGCCGCGCGCAGCGGGGAGAGCCUCAGGAGAGCCCUGGCACAGUCGCAGAAGGGAGUCCGCGUGGCCUUCUCGGAGCUGCGGGGGAGCGCGCUGGAGAGCCGCGCGCUCUUCGCGGAGUCGCUGCGCCGCCUCUCGGCGCUGCACGCGCUCCUCGCCGGCGAUCUGGGGGGCCUCCACGCGGCGCUCCUCUACGCCCUCUGCUGCCCCCUCGCCUGGAUCCUCACCACGGCCACAUCGACCGCCAGAGCCAGGCCGUGGUUGUUCGUGCUCCUCACGGCGCAGCUGCUGCUGGAGCGAGGGGUCACGACCCUCAUCACCUGGGGGGAUCCCCCGGGGCCCAACGUGCAGGACGAGGUGUGGCUGUUCUCGUGGUGGUCUCGCCGCGUGGCGCUCCUCGUCGCGCUGCUCCUCCUCCUCUUCGCUCACCACUCAUUCCGCGACCUCCCGGCGCUCAACCACCGCCUCCUGGUCACCCUCGUCGCGCAGCAGAGACAGCUCACUCACCACCUCCUCGCCGCCCGGCAGAAGCCCCCUGGGAAGGGGAAUGCGGACGCUGGGACCCCCGCGACUGAGCUGAGCAUCCUGACCGGGUCCCCCGACGUUGAGGGCGCUUGCGAGAGCGGAGGAAUGCAGCUCGGCAUAAGACGGGAUUCCUCCCUCCAGCUGUGGGGCCCCACGCGUGGCCCCCGUCCCUUCAGGUCCCCGGGAGGUGUACGGAGAGAGGUGCAAGUGGAAAGGAGGGGCCUCCAUGAUUCCAUCUUCAUCGCAAACAUCUCCAGCUCGGUUCUGCGUUGCCGCCUACGUGAGCGAGGCCCGGGGUCCCUGCCGUCCCCCUGCAUGCUGCACCAUGACGCCCAGCGCAGGGUGCGGCGUGGAGUGUCACCAGAUGGAGCGUUCCCAGGCAGGGUGCAGGAUAUGGAGCCUCCCGCGAGGGCAUCUUCAGGCGGGGCGUUCACAAGGUCUAGGGUGCAGGACCAGUCCUCAGGCAGGGUGCAGGACCAGUCCUCAGGCAGGGUGCAGGACCAGUCCUCAGGUAGGGUGCAGGACCAGUCUUCAGGCAGGGUGCAAGACAAGUCCCCAGGCAGGGUGCAGGACAGGUCCCCAGGCAGGGUGCGGGGCCGGUCCCCAGGCAGGGUGCAGGACAAGUCCCCAGGCAGGGUGCAGGACAAGUCUCCAGGCAGGGUGCAGGACCAGUCCUCAAGUAGGGUGCAGGACCAGUCUUCAGGCAGGGUGCAAGACAAGUCCCCAGGCAGGGUGCAGGACAGGUCCCCAGGCAGGGUGCGGGGCCGGUCCCCAGGCAGGGUGCAGGACAAGUCCUCAGGUAGGGUGCAGGACAAGUCCCCAGGCAGGGUGCAGGACCAGUCCUCAAGUAGGGUGCAGGACCAGUCUUCAGGCAGGGUGCAAGACAAGUCCCCAGGCAGGGUGCAGGACAGGUCCCCAGGCAGGGUGCAGGGCCGGUCCCCAGGCAGGGUGCAGGACAAGUCCCCAGGCAGGGUGCAGGACAAGUCCCCAGGCAGGGUGCAGGGCCGGUCCUCAGGCAGGGUGCAGGGCCGGUCCCCAGGAAGGGUGCAAGACAAGUCCCCAGGCAGGGUGCAGGACAAGUCCCCAGGCAGGGUGCAGGGCCGGGUCUCAGGCAGGGUGCAGGGCAAGUCCCCAGGCAGGGUACAGGGCCGGUCCUCAGGCAGGGUGCAGGGCAGGGCAAGCAAAGGUGAACAGUCCUGAUCGUGACCAACUUGUGUUGAGGGACGGGGAUGAGUAGGGGGGGGGGGGGGCGCAGUGAGAAGGGGAGCCCACAGGGAGGUGGUGGGUGUCCCCUGAGAGGGAGAGCCGUUUUAAUCGCGUUCCUGAUGUCGUAAUAAAGGAGUUUUUCUCAAGAUCAUGGGAAGCCA